CGCCGAAGCCGAGCGGGCGCUGCUAGCGGAGGCGCCAUAUUGGAAGGGACAAAACUCCGGCGACAGCGAGUGACACAAAUAAACCCUUGGACCCCCUCGCUCCCCCAGCUCUAAGGGCCGCGAUGUUGUACCUAGAGGACUAUCUGGAAAUGAUUGAGCAGCUUCCAAUGGACCUGCGGGACCGCUUCACCGAGAUGCGCGAGAUGGACCUGCAGGUGCAGAAUGCAAUGGAUCAACUAGAACAAAGAGUCAGUGAAUUCUUCAUGAACGCAAAGAAAAAUAAACCGGAGUGGAGAGAAGAGCAAAUGGCAUCCAUUAAAAAGGAUUACUAUAAAGCUUUGGAGGAUGCAGACGAGAAGGUACAGUUGGCAAACCAGAUAUAUGACUUGGUAGAUCGACACUUGAGAAAGCUGGAUCAGGAACUGGCUAAGUUUAAAAUGGAGCUGGAAGCUGAUAAUGCUGGAAUUACAGAAAUAUUAGAGAGGCGAUCUCUGGAAUUAGAUACUCCUUCACAGCCAGUGAACAAUCACCAUGCUCACUCACAUACGCCAGUGGAAAAAAGGAAAUAUAAUCCAACUUCUCACCAUACGACAACAGAUCAUAUACCUGAAAAGAAGUUUAAAUCUGAAGCUCUUUUAUCUACCCUAACAUCAGAUGCCUCUAAGGAAAAUACGCUAGGUUGUCGAAAUAAUAAUUCUACAGCCUCUUCUAACAAUGCUUACAAUGUGAAUUCCUCCCAGCCUCUGGCAUCCUAUAAUAUUGGCUCCUUGUCUUCAGGAACUGGUGCAGGGGCAAUUACCAUGGCAGCAGCUCAAGCAGUUCAAGCUACAGCUCAGAUGAAAGAGGGACGAAGAACAUCAAGUUUAAAAGCCAGUUAUGAAGCAUUUAAGAAUAAUGACUUUCAGCUGGGAAAAGAGUUUUCCAUGCCCAGGGAAGCAGCUGGCUAUUCAUCAUCUUCAGCGCUCAUGACUACAUUGACACAGAAUGCCAGCUCAUCAGCAGCAGAUUCACGGAGUGGGAGAAAGAGCAAAAACAACAACAAGUCUUCAAGCCAGCAGUCAUCAUCUUCCUCCUCCUCUUCUUCCUUAUCAUCAUGUUCUUCGUCAUCAGCUGUUGUACAAGAAAUCUCUCAACAAACAACAGUUGUACCAGAAUCUGAUUCGAACAGUCAGGUUGAUUGGACUUAUGACCCAAAUGAACCACGAUACUGCAUUUGUAAUCAGGUAUCCUAUGGUGAGAUGGUGGGCUGCGAUAACCAAGAUUGCCCCAUAGAAUGGUUCCAUUAUGGAUGUGUUGGAUUGACAGAAGCACCAAAAGGAAAAUGGUACUGUCCACAGUGCACUGCUGCCAUGAAAAGAAGAGGCAGUCGGCACAAAUAAGGGUGGUCGUUUCAUUUGAGAAAGAAAAAAACUCCAACAUUUUAUAUAGGACUUUAAAAAAAAGAAAAAAAAGAGAGAGAAGAGACAAUGCAUUUCCAGGCAACCACUUAAAGGAUUUACAUAGACAAUCCUAUAAGAUCUUGAACUUGAAUUUUAUGGGUUGUAUUUUAAUAAUGUAAGUAAAUUAUUUAUGCACUCCUGGUGUGCUCUGAAUAUUAUUCCAGUCAGCCUUGGAUUAUUUCAGUGGCCAACAUAUGCAGACGUUUGUACUCCUCAACCAUUUUCUCCGAGUAAUGGGCAUUCUAUAAUUUAGACUUCAAAGAAUUCCAACGAUGAAGAUUUUAAGAAAAGUAUUUUAUAUUCAACAGGUAUGUUCUGCUGCAUGUACUGUACUCCAGAGCUGUUACGUAACACUGUAUAUAAAUGGUUGCAAAACAAAAAAAAGUCAGUGCUUCUAAAAAGAAUUUAAGAUAAUGGUUUUUUAAAUGCCUUUAUAAUAAGCUUUGUUUCUUUGUGAAACUAAAUUCAGCGGGCUGAAGGAAAUGGUUCAUGUGAUAAAGUGGGCUGGUGUCCUCUAGAGUACCUGGGUACAUAAACAGAAAUUCCUGUAGGUAAAAACUAAUCUGUGCCAUUAGUCUUUAUAUGUUUCUGCAUCAGAUAGAGUGCAGUUCAUGAGGGUGG